AUGAGCCUAACACUUGAGGAAAGACGCACGUUUAAAAUUCUUGUUCAGCGUAUGGACCAGAGAUUUGGUAGUUCAAAGCACAAAAAUAGGUGGCUUUCAAAACUGGAAAUGCGUAGGCGGAUGCCUGGAGAAGAUAUUGCAGAUGUUGGAGACGAUAUACGGCAAUUAUCACAAAAAGCUUACAGUAACUUGGACAUUGACGCUCAGGAAUCACUGGCCCUGAACCACCUUUACAAAAUUAUUCCCGUUGAAAUGAAAUGCCGUUGUAUUGACAAGGAGUGUAGCACUGUUGCAGAAGCGGUAGACGUCAUUGAGAGAUACGAGUCAAUAAUGGGGGAUGGGGAUAAAAAGAAAAUAAAUGUUAGACAUGUGGAUCAAGAACAAGCAGUCAAACAGCCCACUGGAGAGCAAAAAUCAAAUAACUUAGAGGAUACAAUCAAGUCACUAAUCAAUAGAUUAGAGAAACUGGAAAGUGCACAGAGAAUGGAACCUCGGAAGGGCAAUAACUCUUGGACUUGCUUCAUCUGCAAUUCACCAGAUCAUCUCAUGAAGGACUGCCCAGACCGAUGGACAAGAGGACAACAGAUGACCCCGACCUCUAACCUGAAUAAAAGACAUGGCAGUUGA